UGUGUUGGGGGCUGCCAUCAACAGCUCUCAGUGCCCAUCCUAGAGUCAUCACUCCUGCUUCCCUGCCCUGCCUGGUUGGGUAGACGCUGCGGCUACAGCACUGAGGGUGACCUGUGCAAGAAAAUGUCCCUGCAGGGUGGCAGGAGUGUGAUGCCAAUGAAGGGGAGAAACUCCUGAUCCUCAGCUCUCCCCAGAAUGCUGCCAAGCACAAAAAUGGCCAGAGAAAAUUACAGCAACUGCCUCAUCUGCCAGGACACUCCAAAGGAUGUGGCUUCUGCUCUGCCCUGUCAACACCAGUUCUGCCUGGGCUGCAUCCUACGGUGGACACAGACAAAUCCAUCAUGCCCACUCUGCAGGACACCAAUAGAGACUGUCAGGUUUUCUGAGCGGGGUGAACAGGACUAUCUGCUGUUUGCUGUCAUCUCCCUUGAAGAGUCACUAGAGACCAGUAGCCACACAGGGGCAGCUCCCAUCCUCCUGGAUGAAAACAGCCCCCAUAGCCCUCUGGUGUCCUCUGCACCUUCUCCACAGGGAGCACUGUCCCCAGCUGAGCAGGGUACUGCAGGACCGGAGCCUGUGGGUGGCCUCCUGCCCGAGGUGUGGGCGAGACUGUUCCAACAACAACAGCACCUCCUUGAUCCUGUGCGGCCCUGGCUGUGCCAGAAGCUGGAAGCAAUAUUCCAGGACCAGUGGUGGCUGGUGCAAGUUGCACAGAGCAGCAUCUUGCAUGAUCUCUGCCUCCAUGGUCUGAACAUGGAGAACUUGGUCCAGACACUACAGAACUGCCUUGGGGAGCACACAGUGCCACUGCUCCAUGGCCUCAUCCCUGUCAUUGUGGCUCAGGGCAGCGAGGAGGCCCAGAGGCUGCUGCUUCUCUGCAUUGGCAGGGAGGACACUGACAGCCUUGUGGCCAGCGCCAGCUCCAGCUCCAGGUCCAGCAGCUCCCAGGAGAGGAUUUCUGCCAGUGUCCCUGCAGGAUUAAACUUGGAGGAGGAAGCAGGAACAUCAGAGGCUGCCCUCCAAGGAGGUCCCAGGCACCUCCCACCUGUGCCCAUUCCUGCAGAGUGGGACCAGCCCCAGGAGGAGCCAGAGCAGGAAGUGGUGCCAGGUCCAUCUGCCCAGGGCAGCAUCUUCAGCCAGGGACAGGGCUGGGACCAGUCUCACAGGAAGCCUCGGCAUGCCCAAAAGAGGAGAGCCUCCAGCCCCCAGGAUUCUCCCCCACCCAGCAAGAGGCCAAGGCAGGCACCUGUGCAACCCUGCCACCCUGAGGGGCUCUCGUCAGAGGAAGUGAUGAAACCUGGACCAAGCAAGCCCAUGGCAACUUUGGGAAACAACUGCAUCUUCCCAGAUCUUGCUUCCAUACAGUGCCUGGUGAAGUCCCAGUUGGGGCAGUCCUCUGAUUCCAAGGGUCCGAGGUCCCUCAGUAACUGA